UCUCUAUGGGAUGUGUGGCUACAGAGUUUGUCUUUAUUGCCCCAGGAAAGAAGUCUUUAAGAGUCUCUCUGAAUAAAGACGCCAAGAGUGCGAAGUGACUAGAUGGAAGCCAAGGCGAAAAACUAGGGAAUGGGAGAUAAAGUGGCCUCCUAAAUAGGAAUGCCUGUCCAGAUAACAGAAUUGGAGACAAUGGAUGAAGAUCAGUUAAUUGAAGAAGUCUUGGAUAAGUUUGUUAAUUGUCAUGAGCAAACCUAUGAAGAAUUUCUGAGCAGUUUCACUCAUCUUUCAAAAGAUAAUGUGACCAAAAGAGGAGACUUUGGAACCAUUUCUUCUGAAAACACAUUUACUUCAAUAAAACCUACUCAUCGAAAUGAACCAAAAGAUCACCAUUUUAGAAAUAAAGCCACCUUUCUUCGUACUUCAUCACAGUGUUCAGAAGAGGAACAGAUAGUGAUAGAUGAAGGCCAAAAAGUUGGCAGUUUCUUUCAAGGUUAUCUGAAUCGGGCAGGGGAAGUGAAGGUAGAUAAUUUCCUAGAGUUAGAAGAUUUGGACAUGGAUGAAGAGAUUAAGCCCCAAAUGAGCAAGGAUUUGGUGCUGCUUCCAGGAGAGGUGGAGCAGGAUGUGAGCACAAGUGUUCCUUCUUACGUUCCUUCUUACAUUCCUUCCGCGGCCCAGCCUCUCACCCCGGUGAAGCCAAGGCCCACCGGAAAGGGAGCAGAGCAACAAAGGGAAGAGACAAUCGGAGAUGAAGUUCAGCCCUUCUCACUCGAUGAAGACUUUGAUUAUGAGGCUGUGAUGCUCACCCCCAAGUUCACUCCUGCAGAGAUAGAUGCCAUCAAGGAGCUAUGCAACCAAAGAGAAAGAGCACCCACACAGACGUAGAAGAACCCGGCGACUGAUCCACAAAGACAUCUUUGUGUUUGUUGUUAUUUUGUUCUUACUGAAGCAACAUCAUCAGCAUAAAGAAUAAACCUACCAUAAGCCCCA